UGUUCCGCUUAAUUUGCCUUUCCAGGCUUCUGGGAAAAGGCUGGUGGGCUUUGGCGGCGGGAUGUUGGGCUGUGUUUGGGAUGUGCAUGUGAUGAUGGCUGUUGGGUUGGAGGGGUGCAGAUUUCUCACCAGCGUGCUUGGCUUUUAAGAUCAGUAUUAGAUUUAAAAUUACUAUUGCCGUGGUCUCUUAACAGGAGCUGCUGUUAAACUUAACACAGAAAUGCCAUAAAAUUAUUAAUCUGUAUUAAUUCUUAAUUUCAACAGGUGACUUGAGUAGUCAUUUAUGGCAUCGUUGUUCUCAUGAAGAAUUCUCACUUCUUUCAGAUAGUCUUAAAAUCUGUGGACAUCCCGAGGACUGGAAUCUGAAUUUGGAUUUCACUGCACGUUAGCUUUUUGAUUCGUCUACUAGCAACUACAGAAAAUUAAUGAAUUUAACUACGAAUACCAAUGGUUUCUGUCAAUGCACCUGCACAUCACCUCAAGGACAUCACAACAUGCCGCUGUGCUUUUUUGAAGCCCAGAUUGCCUGGUCUGGUGGAAAUAUUUCAGGUGGAGAUAUACAGGUGCAAGCUCUGCCAUUUAAUAAGGAGGAUCAAAAGUAAGAUCAGGAUGCACCUGGCUCAAAUGUGUGAGACAGAUAUGGCAGGUCAAAUUUCAGGGUAUCCUAAAAUGGACGAAAGUGAAAAUGAGUCAUAUAGCAUGGGAGAUGAAAAUAAUGAAAGCAAAUAAACUCUUGCAAAAAAUAGCUGUUCUGUUGCCUGUGUAUCAAAUGCCUCAAAAUAUGAGUCCUCGCUAUUGUAAGAUGAGCCUGAGCAUAAUCCUCAUGCCUCUCACUCCUGUGAACACGUUGUUUGGAGAAGCAGCAGCUCAUUUGCAGCUUGAGGAACCCUGCGGUGCUGACUUCUCUUCUAUGUUCCAAGAGAAAGGAUGGAGAAGCCCAGUCUGUGAGUCUUAGCAUCUCUAUCAUUUUACAGUGUUAGAACUCAGACCUUUGCUGGAGAGGUAAAAACUGCUAAAGCUGAAUCGAGGUGUAAACAUUACAACAAAAAUAGCUGCAAGCUUGAUGUGAAGGGUCAGCUCGUUCUGUGGAAGAUGCUUGUGCCUUAAAGCUGGGUUCUGAGAGAAGGCAGCACUUUUGCAACAUGUGCAAUAGAGCACUAGAGCCAAAAGAUGCUGAGCGAAUCCAUUGAAAGGGUCAUGAUGUGGAUCGUGGUUUUAAAUGUAUUUAUUGUCUCAUGACCAAGUGGAUCUUAAUGGAAAAUCAUUGAAAAAUCACACAAGCGGAUAAAAGAAACCUACCAGUGCCUCAUCUGCGAAAGUGCUUUUAUGUCACAAGAUGCCUGGAGAGUGAAUAAAAACAACCAUUAGAGGAAACCUCGUCCCAGUGCGUGGUCUAUCUGUCGUCUUCUGAAACUGAGCAGAUGAGAAAUCUUCAUGUAGCUUGCUUACCAUUAUCGGGAUAUGGUUAGAUGUCCGCACGGUGAUUUUACCAGUCCUGUUACAUGUAAACCCUUUAGGGUCACACUGGCUUCAGCUCCAUCACAAUAUCCUUACAUGUGUUGGUGGUGCCUUGACCACUGAACCAUGCUGGAGAAACUGGUGUACACUGAAUUAGAGGGUCAGUUUAUGUAAUUUAUAUGUUAAUUGGCAAUCCAGAGAAGCAUUGAAGGAGCGUAUGGAAAAUCACAGAACUUCUACAUCAGUUUUGUCUUCAUUUUGGGACCAAGUAUUCAAAACCAGACAUCAAAUGAGUGGACAUCACAAACAAAUCCAUCAUAAAAAACCAGACCCACAAAUGAAAGAGAGGGACAGAAGAAAGAAGCCUGAAGAUAAUCCUGUGUGCUCCAACACAAAAGCAACUAGAAAGAAGGAUUCAACCCCCCUGAAGUGCAAACUCCUGGAACCAGCAAUUAGCCCGUGGCUGUCUCUUAAUUCUUUCUUUAGAGAUCAAGGAGUUAGCAAGAAGCCACAGAGAGAGGGCAGUCUAUUCUUUUCAGUUGCUGAGUUCUAUCCAAGAGUUCCUAUAAAAGAAGGGCAGAUCAUAGUGGCAUCUAUGAAUGAAGCAUUCUUACAGUUAGCUCUGCAGAAACACAUGGGAAUGCAUGCUGGCAUCAAAGCCUUUCAUUGCCAGCACUGUGUGUAGGAAACAAUCUCUCUGAUACAGCAGAUGCAAAUGCAUACAGGCAAGAAGCCUUUCAAAUGUGAGGUCUGCUCUUGUGCCUCUAUAGUGGCACUUGAAAACACGUGCUAUUCGCAGCUUUCGCUAGAGACUGACUGCUUGUGCUUGUGUGGUGCUCAUUCACUGCUACUGAUGGUAGUAAUGAUGGAUACAUUUCUGUUUUAUUACAGCAUUCAGAAGAAGAGCUUGGACCUUCACAUACACUGACCUCACACUGGUGAGGUAUUUGGCUGUAAUUUUUGCUGCUCUUCUUUCCCUGGCAAACAACUUCUCUGAAAACAUAUUAGGAAAUAUUACCUGGGUUCAGGAACCUCAUUAACCACUUCCCAGCCCAUCUUUACCUUCAAAUUACUCCUUGUGGAACAUUAGGUUCUUCAUGCUUAAACUUCCACCUGAGCAUCCCAGCAAAUAAAGAAGCUGUUGGCAUGGUCAGGCUUUUGUGCUGAAAGCCAAGGAUUAUCUGGAAGAAGAGAAGAAAUGGCCCUUAUGUGGCAAUUAAAAGAACUCAGUAUGGUCUUUCCAAAGUACUUUCUGUGUGGUAUGGUACAGGUGGUAACUUCAGUGUGCUGAGAGUAUCGUGGAGAUUUAUCUUGCACAAAGGUUGGAUAUGUUGAUUUUUGCUCUGGAUACCUCUUGCUCAUACGUUCUGCUUACUUACUAAUGAAGAGUUUGACGUUUCAAGACAGAAUGUGUUGAAAAGCAUCAAAGCUGACAGUGAACCCUACAGGUGGUUUGUGUAUUACAUCUUUCAUUUUUAAUACAGUCUGUAUAAAACAGUAAAUGAUUCAAGAAAAUCUACUGAUGCUGUGGCAUUCAAUGUGGUAAAAAAUAUUCACUGAAUUUCUUCAUGGUUACUUUUUAUAACAAAAUGUGUCUAUUAUCAUAUUAUUAUUCUUCAAUGUUGAAGUAAAAAUAGAAACUAUUGAAAUAUGACAUCAAA